AUGGCUUCCUCUUCUUUAAAACCCCGAGAUGGGAAUCGGAAACGGUUCCGCACCGAGUACCAGCAAAUUGAUUUAAAUACCUCAACACCCGAACCAUGGUUUGCAAAGUUUCUGGUUGUCCACUCUAAUGAUGACACAAGGCCACUGUCAAAGGUAUCUCCUUUUGUAAUAGCGAAAGCACUUGGACAGCUGAUAGGUAAAGAAUACAAUGCCAAGAAACUGGGCUCUGGAGAUAUCCAGGUCCAUGUUGAAAAGCGAGAGCAAAGCAGUGCGCUUCUUUCACUGACAAGCAUCAAUGGGAUAUCUGUCACAGUAAGUUCACACCGGAGUCUCAACAUUGUUAAAGGAGUAAUUUCUGAGAGCGACCUCCUUGACUGUUCGGAAUCGGAACUCCAAGAAGGCCUACAACAGCACGGUGUGGUAGGUGUGAAGCGAAUAGUCAUGCGUAGGGAUGGGAAAGAAAUCCCAACAAAGCACAUCAUCCUUUCUUUCAAGCUCCACAAGCUGCCAGACACAAUCAAAGCCGGUUACCUCAGUUGCAAUGUGAAGGCUUACAUCCCAAAUCCGAGUCGCUGUUACAAGUGCCAGCGGUUUGGCCACGGUACUCAGAUCAUGUCCUUGUUGGAAGGAGGAGAAACAGAUCCUCAAGCUGAAAACGGAGCAAAAUAUCACAUACAGUGCAGCAAAGGCACAAUUGGCGUUCCCGAACAAAGGAACCUUCUCUGA